AUGUAUUUAUUCGCAAAAAAAUAUUUAUUGGUACAAAUUAUUUUAUUAAUAUUUUCUUUUAUAAUAUAUGUUGAUGCUGAUUGUAUAGAAUGUAAAUUGUUAGUUGAAACUUUUUUAGUUGGAUUAGAAAAAACAAAAAAAGGAAAUUUUGCUGGUGGUAAUACUGAUUGGGAAGAAAGAAAAUUAGGAACAUAUAAAACGUCAGAAACAAGAUUUUUAGAAAUAAUAGAAUAUGUUUGUAAAAAAAGUUCUUUAGAAAAUUCAGAUGAAUAUAGUGGAAAAAAUAAUAUUGAAUUUAAAUGUCAUAAUUUACUAGAAAAAUAUGAAGAAGAAAUUGAAGAAUGGUUUAAGAAUGAACAAGAUAAAGAAAAUGAUAUGAUGAAAUAUUUUUGUUAUGAUAAAUUAAAAUUAUGUUGUCCUCCAGGUAAAUAUGGUAGUGAUUGUAAGGAGUGUCCAGGUUUAUUACCAAAUGGAACUGUAUGUUAUGGAAGAGGUACAUGUAAUGGAGAUGGUUUAAGAAAAGGUAGUGGUAAAUGUGUAUGUGAUGAAGGUUAUGUUGGUCCAUAUUGUAAUAAUUGUGAAAGUCAAUAUUUUGAAGAAAUAAAAACAACAUCCUAUAUUAAAUGUGAGAAAUGUUAUGAAGGUUGCGCAAAAGGUUGUAAAUCUUCAGGGCCAAAAGGUUGUAAUUCUUGUAGAACAGGAUUUGAAAUGAAUGAAGAAUUAGGAUGUAUUGACAUUGAUGAAUGUGUUAUUGGAGAAAAAAAAUGUGUAAAAGCUAAUGAAUAUUGUCAAAAUACUAUUGGAUCGUAUGAUUGUUUAUGUAUUGAAGGAUAUAUUUUAAAUAAAAAAACAAAAGAAUGUGAAAUUGACAUUAAUGGAAAAAUAAAUGAAGAAGGAAGUAUUAAAGAAGAAGCUAAUGUAAACAAUGAUAAAGAUAUAUUAAAAAAAGAAGAGUUGUAA